GCGCGUUCUGUCGUGGAGGGUAUACGUGUGCUGUGCUAUUAAAAUAACUCGAUCGGCAUCACAUGUAAGCACGAUGGAUGUUCUUCCGAGCGGUAACCUAUUCCGCGAGUUGCAGGACGUCACCGACACCGGUUAUUUCGAAUGGAAGCUUUCUUUGGAAGAUUAUUGGCAACAGACAUGCUACGAAAUGGAGCGGUACCUCCGGGAAGAACCCCGCGGGAAGCGCAGAGAUUCCCUUCAAGAGGAGGAGUGGGCGAGGUCUUCCUCCUGCUCGCCACCUUCUUCCCUCUCCCCGCAGUCACCUAGAGUGGUCACAGUCACAACUGCAGCAGUGAAAAGUGAACCGCCUAGUGAUUCCGAUGAACCAAGAGACGAGCCCAGCCCGCCGGUGCGUCGUCAUGUGCCGCGGCAUCAUGCGCACGCGCAUGCAACGGAUCCCCGUCGACGCGUCCACCGCUGCGAAUUCCCCGCGUGCGAUAAAGUCUACACCAAGAGCUCGCACCUCAAAGCCCACAAAAGGACUCACACAGGCGAGAAGCCGUACAAGUGCUCGUGGGAGGGCUGCGAAUGGCGGUUUGCUCGCUCCGAUGAGCUGACCCGACACUACCGGAAGCAUACCGGCGCGAAACCGUUCCGCUGCCGUCACUGCGAACGCUGCUUCUCCCGCUCAGACCACCUCGCACUCCAUGCGAAGCGCCACGCGUAGCUGCCGAACCCCCCACCCACACCCAAACUCAUCGGGAAUCGGAACAAACGCGCCUGUAAGACGUCGCCGUAGCAACCGCGCUAUUAUGAACCGCAAUAUUUCACGGUGCGUUCAUCAUCAUCGAUGUGACCGAUCCCAUUUCUAUAUUUCGUGUGCCCCUGAUGUUAUUGCGCGUCCUGCGUUAUUAUCGCUUGUUUUGGAAGGGCUCGCGGUGGCGGGUGUCGCGAAGCGUUGCAUGCCAAAGAAAAUUAGCUACGUACGUAGCCAAGUCAACACUCAUUGCACCUAAUGCUUUAAAGUUAUUUUUUAUUAAUUAAUUAUUUUAAAGGUAUUAAAAAAAAAAAAUAAUCUCCUUUUCGGCCUGUGUCGUUGUGGUUCUUCGUUUUGCGAUAAGAGGACUUUUUUUUUAUAUUUGCCGUUGUUUAUUAUGUAAAAGAUGUCUAAGCUUUGUGUACAGAGAGGUUUUUAUGUUCGCUGGUCGCAUAGCGGCUGCCGACAGUUGUGCCAUCGUCGACGGGCGGGCGGGUGUUAACUUCUUUAUCAUGCAAUAACAACUGUAGCAUUAUCAUUUAUCACAAGUUUGCACACAACAUACGCGACCUUUCUAGUUUCUUCAUUCAUAAGUUUACGAUAGUGUUCGCUUACGAAUGAAAACUAAAGACGCUCCGUACGUAGUGACGAACGAACUUAUGGUAAGGAUACUUUGUAGUGUUAUCUCGCAUCGUUCCGAAGACUUUCGUAUUGUAACGUGUGACAUAUAAUUUAUUUGCUGUAUGUCUGUAAGUCAGCUGAUGUGUUGUCCCAGUGCAGUCGCUGCGAGCGUUGUUAUUUAACCAUAUAUGUCAGUUGUUGAGAUUUAAAGUAAUUGUUUUUUUUUUUUUUAUAUAUGUCACAAAUUAUUUAUUAGUCCCGAUGCGACUGCACCGCGCACUUCGUGUUUAGAUUUUAUGUAAAUCUUAUUGCGUUAUGUUAAUAUUACUUUCUCUUUUACUCUCUCAUUCCGUUAUUGUAGGCUGAAUUUUUAUGUUUGUCUGCGAAAAUGGGUUUUUAUUGUCAUAAACGUUACGCCGUUACACACAUAGUCUGAGAGUAUAUUGUUCACACUAACUCUGAAGUCUGAACGCUGAGGGUGUGACGGCGUCACGGAUUUUCUUGAAGUUAUUUCAUCGAGCAAGUUGAUUCUGAAUCACAGUCGCUAUAUUUAUUUUCUAUAUGUUUUGUUUAUAUUUCGGGCGCUUUUUAUGCCAGCCUGAUCGUAUUGUGACUUUGGGAUCUAAUGUUGACUCUUUUGUAAGCCAUUAUAAAUAUUCGUUUGCUAUUGAAAAAUAUUUGCCUCUACUUAUAUUAUUGUUUCCUGUUAUAGACGUCUUCAAAAAUUAUACGUAGUUUAAAUUUAUAUAAAAAAUUAUAGCUUGAUUGCGUUGAUUAUUCAGAUAAGUGAAUAAUUUAAGAGCUUACACAAUACCGACUUAAGAUUUCGGAUCUCUUAGUCACAACAUAUCAUAAGAUAUGACUAGCUAAGUAAAAUUGUUUCUUUUCCAUAUAUAUAUAUAUAUAUGACCUAGUUUUAAGGUUAUGCUGAUUAAAGAUAAAUUAAGUGAACAUUUACAUAAAAAUAAAAAUAUUCGAAAAGUUUACGAGAUUAUCGAAAUUUGAAGUAAAUUCAUGGUUGUUUAACUGACGUUUUUCAUUAGGAAGUAAGUUUUUUCUCAUAUAAAAACUACGAGUUUUCACUUGACCCAAAUAAAACGCUGUUCUAUAUCUCAAUGGUUGUGCUUCUUACGCACAUGUUUUUUCGUAUAUGUUAAACGACUCGAAUGUAUAUACAUAUAUAUAUUCUUGACAGCUGUGAAAAGCAGAAAAGGUGAAACUGAGCAAUUAAAGUUGAAAUUAAAAAAGAAAAAAAAAACCCUCAGUCACAUUAUUUGAUAUAUAUUAAAUAUAUAAUAUAAUAUAGAAACAAGAAACGCUUCGUAUAAUUUCGAUGAAAUUACGAAAAACGUAACGAUCAAUUUGAAUCUUGAAUCGAUCACUAUAAGUAACACGUGAUCGUUACAAAAAAUAUAGAUUAUAUAUAUAAUAACUUAUAAAAUGUUAAACUUUGAGAGCGUAACAUUUUAUAGAGUUUUUUUUUUCUCUCAAUAUAUUUAUUUAUAUAGACGUUUUGCUUAUUGCUAAUAACAUUUUGUCGAUGCUGUUGAAUAUUUUGAAUUUCAUAAAAAUUACCGAAAUUUAAUUUCAUUUGUUCGUUGUUUAUAUAAUCACAGUUAUUUAACAUAUAUCCUGUGUGAUCUGGCUGUGGUAGUCGAUGCAACGUCGGAGUUCGAUUACGAUAUUUGACAUUCAAUUAAAAAAAAAUAAUUAUAAAUACCACCGGGCAUUCUUUUUGGGAUGCGAUUGUAUAUUUUAGUAACAAUAAACAAUAAGUACAAUGACUGCAUACAAUUUAACUGCCAUACUUUAAACCAUUUAGCGUCUAGUGGUGUGCACAGAUUAUUUAAGACCGUUAAAUAUGGAUUCAGCUGUGUGUUAAAAUAAUUUUUAUAUUCCUAAAGAUAUUAUCCCGGGGGCCAAUGAUGUAGUCUUCCCGAAUUGUGAAAAUUGUGAUUAUUUACAUCAAUACAAUCUCAGGGGUCUGGUUGGACGAUUUUAUUUUUUAAAUACAACUGAUAUUCUUUUUUUUUUAAACAUAUUUGACAGACAUUAACUUACCUAGUGAACCACUCUACAGCAACGACUUUAUUCUAAUGAAGAAUUUAAAAUUCUAGCGUAAUUAAAUAUUAUGGGAUGCCCCUAAAAGUUUUUUAUUUAUAAAAAAAAAAAUUGCCAAAAUUGUAAUAAAAAAAAAAAAAAAGAAUGUCAACUUCUCUUCUCCUAAUUAAUAGUGUUUUAACGUUUUUCUAGGCUUUAAACGGUAACAUUAAUUUCAAUCUAUUGUUACAUUUAAUGUAACAACGAUAUUUUUAAACAAAUCAUUAUUAUACUUCAUAUAUAUAAAGAUAUAUAAUCACCCUUCCAAAACUAAGAAGCACUAAAAUUAAGGUAUCGCGAAUCGAAUUUAUACUAUAAAUAUAUUAAACAUCAUGUAAUAGUAUCUUAGUAUCCCACUUAGCGCUUUAAGUUUAUUUUAUAUUAAUUUAUUUAUAUAUUUAUCAUUUAUUACGAUGUAACAGUUUUUUGGAUAUAUUUUAAUGUGUUAAAGUCUAGAUAAAUGUGUGGAUGUUUAAAAUCGUAAUUUUAGCAAUUAAGAAGUAUAUAAAAUGUGAUUCAUAAGUUUAUCCAGCCCUUGUGGCAAAAUAUACUGUUAUUAUGUAAUUGUGUCAUAGAAAUAUAAUGUAAUAGAAUGUACAUGGUGUGAUACCUGUGCUUACAGCAUGUUUUAGAUGUGAUUAGGUAUAAAAAGGAUUAGUUUAUAAGUUAUAUUAUUCACGAAGCUGAUACCUGCAUAUUAGUAGAGUAGAUAAAAUAUACUACCUGUGGUUAAUGUAACGUUAUGAUACCUAAGUAUAAUAUACACGUGUAUAGACAAUUAUAAAAAGUUGCGGCUGUGUAUUUUUGAAUCAACCUGUAUAUAGGUUAUUCAAUAUAUAAAAGAACCCAUUGAGCAAUAGGAGUGCGCACCUUUUUAUUUUUAUUAAAAAAAAAAUAAAAAAAAAAAAUAAAUAAGAAACAAUUUUUAUAUUUAUAAUUUAUGUUUAGAUAGGACAGGAACAGUUUCGCUGUUUAAUAAAUGCAUGCCCAUAUAUUGUUAACUGAAUUUCAAUUAGGUAUAAUAACUCAACAGUGUAUCUCAGCAAUUUUCUUAUAUAGUAAUCAUGUUUCCCAAAAUUUUGUAAUGGAAUAUUUAAUGCAACAAGUAAUUAAGUAAUUACAUCACAUAUAAAUUAUCUGGAUGUUAUUUAAACAUUUUUAUAUGUCGUUCACAUUAAUUGUUUACAUUCCAGUGCUUCUCAAAUCAGUGGGUUUGCGCUUCAUAAUUGUUCAAAAUUAGUAUAUGUUAAGGAUGAGUAGCAACUGACAGAACUGUCAAGAUUAACUGUGUAAGGAUAAUAUAGAUAAAUAUUAAUUUUACUUUAAGUCAGUUAAUAAAUACAUACUACAUUGAUGUUAUCUUAGUACCUACUGGUUUAUAAUCUGUGUGUAAUGAAAAUAUGUUUAUGACAGUUCUGUUUGUUACGUAGGGUUUUUGCAAUGAGAAUUUUAUAUAAACAAGUGCAAUGAAAUUUGAUCCGAGAGCAUGUUUUGUAUGAGCAAACUACUCAAUGUUCUGACAAACCGAUACAGAUUUGAUCCCAUAUGUAUCCAACACCACAAAAUCAAGACAUGUCACUUCAGAAUCACUUUUCUACAAAUGUUCAAAACUGUUUAUGAACAAUAUUGGUCUUUAAUCUAAACUUAGAUAAUGGCUUAUCAUAUUCUCAUAGAGCCGUACUAAUGUACAUACCUAAAUUAGUUUAAUAUAGUUACUUUUAUUUACAUUUCAAUUUAUAUUACAUAGAAAGUGAGUAUUAUUGUUUGGUUGUCUGAUAUGAAUGUGUAUUACUUGUGAAACCCUUGGAAGGGGUGAGUUAACUAGUGUAUUGCAUUUUAUAUUAAUAAAUUUUUCUUAUAUGUGA